AUGCAAUACCAAACCGCUAUCCUAGUUGCCUUGACUUUCAUUCUCCCAGCCCUUGCAUCCUCGCCUGGAGGUGUCGGUGGGCGUCGCCUACCGAAUCUCGCGGAUAGGGACACCGAAAAUGUAUCCGAGUCGGACUCGCACAGUUUAUUCUCGGUACGAGCCGCCCAAGUCAGCUGCGGCAGCAUUCAAGUCCAUGAUAAAACUGAAACUGAACAAGCUGAGCUAGCAGCUAAAGGGUGUAUUGCCGCCGACUCGAAGGGAUUGAAAUCAAGCCAUAAUUGCUUCAACAAGGGGGGGAAUGCCUACUUUUGUAACCCAAGCUGUUUCUCCAAGUCUCAGAUGAAGAAGUUGGGUGCGGAGAAUGGUGAAUGCUUCGUCUGA